GGUCCCGGAUUCCUCAUGAGCAUCGCGUACCUGGACCCCGGGAACGUGGAGUCGGACCUGCAGGGCGGGGCCCUGGCGGGGUUCAAGCUGCUGUGGGUGCUGCUCUGGGCCACCGUCCUGGGGCUGCUGUGCCAGCGCCUCGCCAUCCGUCUGGGCGUGGUGACCGGGAAGGACCUGGGCGAGAUCUGCUACCUCUAUUACCCCAAGGUGCCCCGUGUGCUGCUCUGGCUCAUGAUUGAGAUCGCCAUCAUCGGCUCUGACAUGCAGGAGGUGAUCGGGACAGCCAUUGCCUUCAGCCUGCUCUCAGCUGGCCGCAUCCCCCUCUGGGCUGGCGUCCUUAUCACCAUCGUGGACACCUUCUUCUUCCUCUUCCUCGAUAAGUAUGGGCUCCGCAAACUGGAGGCUUUCUUCGGCCUCCUCAUCACCAUCAUGGCCCUGACCUUUGGCUAUGAGUACGUGGUGGUGGGGCCGAGGCAGGUGGAGGUGCUGAAGGGCAUUUUCCUGCCCAGCUGCCCGGGCUGUGGGCGAAAGGAGCUGCUGCAGGCCAUGGGCAUCAUCGGCGCCAUCAUUAUGCCCCACAACAUCUUCCUGCACUCCUCCUUGGUCAAGACACGGGUGAUCGACCGCUCCAAGAAGGAGGCAGUGCGGGAGGCCAACAUGUAUUUCCUGACCGAGUCCUGCCUGGCCCUCUUUGUCUCCUUCCUCAUCAACCUCUUUGUCAUGGCUGUUUUUGGCGAGGCUUUCUACCACCAGCGCAACGAGGACGUGCACAACAAGUGCAUCAACAGCAGCAUCAGUCACUUCGCCGGCAUCUUCCCCACCAACAACGAGACAGUCUCUGUGGAUAUCUACCAGGGGGGUGUCAUCCUGGGCUGCUAUUUCGGGGCAGUGGCACUGUACAUCUGGGGCAUUGGGAUCCUGGCAGCAGGACAGAGCUCCACGAUGACCGGCACUUAUGCAGGACAGUUUGUCAUGGAGGGCUUCCUGCGGCUCCGCUGGUCCCGCUUCACCCGGGUGCUCCUCACCCGCUCCUUUGCCAUCCUGCCCACUGUCUUGGUGGCCGCUUUCAAGGACAUCAGCCACCUCACAGGCAUGAAUGACCUGCUCAACGCCCUGCAGAGCAUCCUGCUGCCUUUUGCCGUCCUGCCUGUGCUCACCUUCACCAGCCUGCACCCGCUCAUGCAGGAUUUCAGCAACAGCCUCCCGGGGAAGGUGCUGAUGACCCUCAUAACGGGGCUGGUCUGCGCCAUCAACAUUUACUUCGUGGUGGACUUUUUGCCAACACUGCACGGCCUGGAGUACCACAUUCCCCUGAGCCUGCUACUGGCUGCCUACGUGGCUUUCGUCGCCUACCUGAUCUGGACAUGCAGCAUCGCACACGGAGUCCGCUUCCUGGCCCGGGGCCACCACAGCCGCUUCAAUUUCGGUCUUGCCUUCGACCCGACAGAGACGCGGUGACAGAUCCCCUCCCUGCUUGUUAUCCCCACGACCCUGCCCGGCGCGGCCUCCUGGACACGGAUUUGCUGCCACUCCGAG